UCUCAGGGGGGAGCCCGGCCAGGCUGCUGCGUCCCAGCCCAGGGCACUGCACCUGCUCAGCUGGUAUAAAGGCGCCCAUGGAAAAUAACACGUACGAUUACACCAACUAUGACUCCUUCGGGACCCUGGACCCCUCCACCCCCGUGGACAACACUGUCAGAGGGCUGCGCCCGUCCACCAUCGUGGCCCUGGUCAUCUACAUGGCCGUCUUCCUGGUGGGGGUGCCGGGCAACGCCCUGGUGGUCUGGGUGACGGCGCUGGAAGCCAAGCGGGCCGUCAACGCCAUCUGGUUCCUGAACCUGGCCGUGGCCGACCUCCUGUCCUGCCUGGCGCUGCCCAUCUUGUUCGUGUCCAUCAUCCAGGAGGGUCACUGGCCCUUCGGCAGGGCCGCCUGCAGGGUGCUGCCCUCGCUCAUCCUGUUCAACAUGUACGCCAGCAUCCUGCUGCUGGCCACCAUCAGCGCCGACCGCUUCCUGCUCGUGUUCAACCCCAUCUGGUGCCAGAACUUCCGAGCGGCUGGCUUGGCCUGGCUGGCGUGCUGCGUGGCCUGGGGCUUGGCCUUGCUGCUGACCAUCCCCUCCUUCCUGUACCGCUCGGUGCACCAGGAGUAUUUUCCGCCCAAGACCAUAUGCGGCGUGGACUACGGGCGCGAGGGCGUGCGCACCGAGAGGGCGGUGGCCAUCAUCCGGCUGGUCGUGGGCUUCCUGCUGCCGCUGCUCACGCUCAGCGUCUGCUACACCUUCCUCCUGCUGCGGACCUGGAGCCGCAAGGCCACGCGCUCCACCAAGACGCUCAAGGUGGUGGUGGCCGUGGUGGUCAGCUUCUUCGUCUUCUGGCUGCCCUACCAGGUGACGGGCAUGAUCAUAGCCCUGCUGCAGCCUUCCUCCGCCACCUUCCGGUGGGCCACCCGGCUGGACGCCCUGUGCGUCGCCCUUGCCUACGUCAACUGCUGCAUCAACCCCAUCAUCUACGUGGUCGCCGGCCAGGGCUUCCAGGGCCGGCUGCGCAAGUCUCUCCCCAGCCUCCUCCGCAACGUGUUGGCAGAGGAAUCCGCGAUCCAUGGCAGCAAGUCCUUCUCCCGCUCCACGGUGGACACGGUGGCCGACAGGUGCCAAGCGGUGUGAGGGAGGCUCUGGGGCGCCGGCUCCCGUGCUCGCCCUGCCCUUCCGGAUCUCUCUCUCUCUCUCUCUCUCUGCUUAUCUGGACUUCACUCUUAGAGGCCUUGGUGAACUCAUCUCGGUCGCUUCGAAUGGAAACUUCCUAACCCAGAAGCAGCGCUCCUGUCUCCGCGGGUUCCCCAUGGAUGGAUUCAACCAACAGUGCGUCAAAAAUAUUAGAAAACUGCAACUGGGAGUGGCUCUGGUGGCAGAGGGGUCGGGCUGCUGCUGUGGAUGGCAGCAUCGCACACCCGAGUGCUGGGUUCGGGUCCUGCCUCCGCUUCCGAUCCGGCUUCCUACAGACGCACACCCUGGGAGGUGACAGACAAUGGCUCGCGUCUUUGGGUCCCUGCCGCCCAUGUGGGAGGUCCGGAUGGAGUUCUAGGGUCUUUGGCUUCGGCCUGGCCCAGUCCUGGCUGUUUUGUGCAUUUGGAGAGUUGAGUGGAUGGAGGAUCUCCCCCCCACCCCACCUCUGCUUGUCAAAUAAAUAAAUA